AUGAGCUCAAAGGCCGUGAUUAGAAGAGUGGCACGCAGAUGUAUAAGAGAAAUUCUUGAUGGGAGUGGUCGAUCCAGCGUGAAUUCCCCGAAUAGCCGUCGAGAAGAUAAGUUUCUUGAGGAGGCAGAAGCAGUCUGGGAAGUGAGUAAUAUUCUUCAAAUGUCUUUGAAAGGUGGCAAGGAAGCGGUUAUUGAAAGAGUCCGAGCUUUGGAGGAGGGAUUGAGGAGGGAAACUAAAUUGGACAUCGUGAGGUUGCCGCUGUGCCGGAAUAUUUGGGGAAGAGGAACGUUUGAGUGGGCUUAUAGCCCGGCUGAAGGUUUGGCAGGGGGAUUAUUAUGUUUAUGGGAUUCUAAUUUUUUCAAGGAGUUAGAAAGGUUUAUUUUUCGAAGGUUAGUUGUUGUAAUUGGGCAGAUUCCGAGCAGGAAUGUCAGCUGUGGGUUCAUCAACGUGUAUGGCCCCUCUCAAGAUGGGGAAAAAGUGGAGUUUUUCCGAGAGCUUAACGAGUUUAUGACAAGUCAUUCUAUUUCAUGGUGUGUAAGAGGGGAUUUUAACUCUUUCAUUUACCCGGAUGAGAAGAUCGGUGCACAUAUAAAUGUCAGGGUAAUUGGAUGGUUUAGAAAUUUCAUUCAGCAGGUUGGAUUGGUUGAUUUACCGCUGGUGGGUGGUUCUUAUACAUGUCGAUGCCAAAGUCUAUCAAGCCAUAAUGCGGUACUGCUCGAAGAGGCUGCUGUGAACUGGGGUAAAAAACCGUUUCGUUGUUUCAAUUUUUGGUUAGAUGAGAGCAGUUUUUCGGCUUCCAUUAAAUCUGCCAUCAAGUCGGUAGAAGAAGGCGAUGGUUGUAAGAAAAUUGGGCGGGUUUUGAAAGCUACAAAGGUUGCAGCAAGAGAGUGGUUCAAGGAGCAAUGCUUUGAUUUCCAAUUGGAGAUUGGCGAUUUGGAAUCCAAGAUUAGUGUACUCGAACAGGAACUGCAGAAUUUUGGUGACAAUCAUACUGUCGCCGCGGAAUUAAGGAGCCUAAGAUGCAAAUUAUGGGAAGUAUAUAGAAAAGAGGAGAGAUCUUGGCUACAGAAGUCGAGAGUUAGAUGGAUUUCGGAGGGAGAUCGCAAUACAAGCUUCUUCCAUAAUUUCGCGUCUUCUAGAAGGAGGACUAAUUCGAUUGUCUCUAUGCUUGAGAAUGGGGUGCGGGUAGAAGAUCCGAUUAGUGUGAAAAGUAUCGUUCAACCUUACUUCCGAAAGGUCUAUGACAAGAAGACAGCUUUGGAGGUGGCAGAUUUUAAUCUACCUUUUUCAAAGCUUGAAGCUGAUCAAGUGAGUUAUUUGGAGAGCAAAUUUUCUGAAGAUGACAUUUUUCUAGUGCUAAUGAAUUCGGAUGGAAAGCCCCGGGUCCGGGCGAUUUUUAACUUCUUCAAAAAAUUAUGGCCAGAUUUAAAGGAGGGGAUUGUGCGGUUCUUUGACGAGUUCUAUAAUUCUGUGGUAUGGACACCUGUUUGA